AUGACGCUACGUCGAUGUGACAGUUUGCCAACGAGGCUAAGGGAGGUGCCAGUUGCACCUGAUCCUGAAUUUACUGAAUCUUUACAUAAAAACUUACCAGAUUCGAAUACCGUUCCGAAUUUUAGUGACUUUGCAAAACUAGACGAAAUUAAAACUACUUGGAAAUCCCUACACACUGAUGUCAAGAACAUAAAAAAUGGGCUGCCUACAAAAAAUUAUCCAUCUAGUCUCCAUACCCCUGGUGAGGAAUCUGUUACGUAUAAUAACAUUUCGGAAUAUGAAUGCGUUAAAAAUGAUGGACGCAAAAAACUCAUUUUUAAUAGGCAAAGAACUAGAGCCUGCAAACAACAAAAUAAACCAAGUUGUUCCUCUCGUGUGGACGUUAUUCAAGCUAACACAGCCAGAUACGGCUCGAGUACAGCACGACGAAGGUCUUUAUUGGAACGCCUACUCUCCUGGCGAACUUCAGAAUGCAAUUGCCGCGAGAAAUUUACACCAAAAUUACGUCCAUCUCCAAGACUUACACCAGGAGAGCUACUAUGUACGUGUGGAGCUUCUCGGGUUAAUGUCACACAGAAACAAAAUAAGUAUGCAGAACGAGGCCGAUCUAAAAGUGUUGGAUAUGAAGCUACAAGAGAAGUGACACAGUUUCGUCGGUGUGCUAGCGCAGGUGCUACAGUGGAAGCUGAAACAGCAGCAGUAUUACGUGCUCGAGCAGCCCUUACGCUGGCUCGGCGCUACUACCCUGAAGGUGGAUGGGGUUGGACAAUUACGAUCGUUGGAACUUUGGUCCAAUUAAUUUCACACGGAUUGCAACUCGGUGGAGGCACAGGAGCUAUAGCUUGCACCGCUGCUGUGAAAUAUCGUGUUCAACCAAUCUACAGUUAUGGUAAGUAG